CGCUUAUAUAUAUACAGAAAAAAAAAAGGAAAAAAAACUCCUCUUCUUUCUCUCAACAAAACUCAACACUCAUUCCAUUAUUCACACAAAUUUCUAUAUCUAUACAUUUAUAUAUUUAAUUUAUAUUAGACUCAAAAGCACAACCGUAACCUAAUUAUGGAGGCGGUUGGUGACGAUAUUCAACCGGAAGGACCACCGCCACCGGCGGAAGAGGUUCCGAUGCCGGUGGACGAAGAAGAUGACGACGAGGAAUACGAAGAGGAAGAAGAAGAUGACGACGAAGAUGAUGAAGAUGAAGAGGAGGAGGAAGAAGAAACGAAUAAUGAAGAUGAAAUAUUAAUAGUGAAAGCUCAAGGAUUAAUUGAUAAAAUCACUUCUUCUCCUGAUAACCCUAAGCAUGAUGUUCUUCAUGCCCUAGCUUCAAUCCUUGAAACACAAGAAGCCAGGUACAUGCAAGAGACUGACCAUAUUUCUGUAAACAAUGGUCGAGCUUCCCAUAACAUAGGACGAUUGGGAAACUUAAUCCGAGACAAUGACGAGUUCUUUGAGUUGAUAUCUGUAAAGUUUCUGUCUGAAACUCGAUAUUCAGUAGCUGUUCAGGCAGCUUCUUUACGGCUUCUCUUCAGCUGUUCACUUACUUGGAUGUAUCCACAUGUUUUUGAAGAAACUGUUUUGGCCAAGAUAAAGGGUUGGGUGAUGGAUGGUGCAACUAGGUCUUCUACUGAGGAUUGCAAAGGGAUGAACGGUUCUGGUGUAAGACCAUCAUCAGAUUCUGAAAUGUUAAAGACUUACUCUACUGGACUGUUGGCUGUAUGUUUGGCUGGGGGAGGUCCAGGGGUAGUUGAAGAUGUACUUACAUCUGGAUUAUCUGCCAAGCUUAUGCGUUAUCUUCGCAUCCGUGUGUUGGGAGAGCCACAUAUAAGUCAAAAAGAAUCCAAUUAUCAACAAGACAUUAAAAGUUCAUCAGCUGCUACUUCCAUUAGAUCUAGAGAAGACAACCGGGGUAGGUUCAGACAUGCUUCAGAGACAUCUCAGCUGGAGCCUCCUAGAAUAGCAGAGGAAGGGUCCUCAGAUGAUAACGAAACUUAUGAACCAGACGCCGAUGGACAUGCUCGAGAUUUACGUGAUGGCAAGACAAAGGCAAGUGAUCGAAGUAAAUUUGCGAGGGAAGAUGAAUUCAGGGCAAAUCGUGGGUUUGUAAGAUCCAGAGGAAAAGGAAGGGUCAAUGAAGGUGUUGUGGAGAAUGAGCAUAUUAUAAACUCCCCGGCAUCUGGACCUAGACUUGGAGGACAAGGAAGGAACAUUAAGGAUAGAAGUUCGAUAAGAAGUCUAGAUUCAAAACAUAUGCCAGAUAUCAAGAAGUCAAGUGGAAAGGAAGGUGCUGAUGCUGUGAUUCUUGAAAGAGAUGAAUGUGAUGACUGCUUUCGAGAUUGUAAAGUUGGAGCAAAGGAUAUAUCUGAUAUGGUGAAGAUGGCUGUAAGAGCUGCUGAAGCUGAGGCCAGAACAGCAAAUGCUUCUGCGGAAGCCAUCAGAGCUGCUGGUGAUGCUGCUGCUGAACUUGUUAAAACUGCAGCAUUGGAGGAAUUUAAAAGGACAAAUGAUGAAGAAGCCGCAGUUCUGGCUGCGUCUCAAGCUGCAUCUACGGUUGUGGAUGCAGCUAAGGCUACUGAAGUUUCUAGGAGUCAUAAUGGUGGUGUGGGCGAAUUAGCUACUACAAAAGAGCCAGAAACUGAGGCCAACGAGGAGAUUGAAGAGUUUUUCAUUCCUGAUAGUGAAUUCUUGGCAAAGCUGAGGGAAAAGUUAUGUAUUCAGUGUCUAGAGGUUUUAGGAGAAUAUAUUGAGGUUCUUGGUCCUGUACUACAUGAAAAAGGGGUAGAUGUCUGUCUUGCUUUGCUGCAACGCAAUUCUGAUCUUAAAGAAGCAUCACAGAUUGCAGUGCUUUUACCUGAUGCGCUGAAGUUAAUUUGUGCUUUGGCUGCCCAUAGGAAAUUCGCUGCAUUAUUUGUGGAUCGUGGUGGUAUACAAAAGCUUCUUGCACUCCCGAGAGUAUCACUAACUUUCUUUGGCCUCUCUUCCUGUUUAUUUGCAAUUGGUUCACUCCAGGGAAUUAUGGAGCGUGUUUGUGCUUUACCUUCGGAUGUGAUCCAUCAAUUGAUUGCAUUAGCUCUUCAACUUCUAGAAUGCACCCAGGACCAAGCGAGAAAAAAUGCAGCUUUAUUUUUUGCUGCCGCUUUUGUUUUCAGAGCUGUAUUAGAUGCUUUUGAUAAUCAAGAUGGUCUUCAAAAGCUGUUAAAUCUUCUAGGUGAAGCAGCAGCUGUAAGAUCUGGGGUUAGCUCAGGGACAUUGGGUCAACGUGCAUCAGGGUCACUUCGAAAUGAUCGUACCCCUCCAGAGGUACUGACAUCAUCAGAGAAGCAGAUUGCUUACCACACUACUGUUGCAUUGCGCCAAUACUUCAGAGCACACCUUCUAUUACUUGUGGAUUCAAUUCGUCCCAGUAAGAAUGUUCGAAGUGCGGCACGGAACAUUUCAAGUUCCAGGGCAGCAUACAAGCCACUUGAUAUUAGCAAUGAGGCCGUAGAUACUGUAUUUCGUCAAAUACAGAAAGAUCGAAAGCUUGGUCCUGCGUUUGCAAGAGCUCGUUGGCCUGCCGUUGAUAAGUUCUUGAAUUGCAACGGGCAUAUUACCAUGUUGGAGUUGUGUCAGGCCCCUCCGGUUGAGCGCUACUUGCAUGAUUUGCUUCAAUAUGCACUGGGUGUCCUGCACAUUGUUACUUUGGUUCCUUACAGUCGCAAGCUGGUUGUAAGUGCUACUUUGAGUAAUGAUCGUCUCGGUAUAGCAGUCAUUCUUGAUGCAGCAAAUGGUGCUGGUUUUGUUAACCCUGAGAUUAUUCAACCAGCACUAAAUGUUUUAGUUAAUCUUGUUUGCCCCCCACCAUCAAUCAGUAACAAGCCAACUAUGCCUGCACAAGGACAUAUGUCUUCUGGGUCACAUGCUCCUCCUACAGAGAUGGCUAGCAAUAGUGCCAGCUUGAACGAGACAAGAGAACGUAAUGGAGAAUCUAGUCUUGGAGAUCGAGGUACCGGGACCUCAUUUACUACUUCUGGUUUAGUUGGUGAUCGUAGAAUAUCAUUAGGUGCUGGAGCAGGCUGUGCUGGCCUUGCUGCACAAAUGGAACAAAGUUUCCGUCAAGCAAGAGAGGCAGUCCGGGCCAAUAAUGGUAUUAAAGUUUUAAUUCAGCUUCUCCAGCCACGGAUAAUAACACCAACGACUGCCGCUGAUUGUCUUCGUGCUCUGGCGUGCAGAGUUUUGCUUGGUUUAGCAAGAGAUGAUACAAUUGCACACAUCUUAACAAAACUUCAGGUUGGAAAGAAGUUAUCAGAACUUAUUAGGGAUUCAGGCAGCCAGACAACAGGCGGUGAACAGGGAAGGUGGCAGACAGAACUAUCUCAGGUGGCGAUUGAGCUAAUGGCGAUUGUAACAAACUCAGGGCGAGCAAGUACUUUAACUGCUACUGAUGCUGCUACGCCUACUCUUCGGCGCAUUGAGAGAGCUGCUAUAGCUGCUGCUACCCCCAUCACUUACCAUUCUAAGGAACUAUUACAGCUGAUUCAUGAGCACUUACAGGCAUCUGGUUUAACAACAGCUGCGUCUGCCCUUUUGAAGGAGGCUCAGUUGACACCUCUGCAAUCAUUAGCUGCCCCAUCAUCUCUGGCACAUCAAACAUCUGGCCAGGAGAGCUCAUCAGUGCAGAUUCAUUGGCCUGCUGGGCGCUCUCCUAGUGGAUUUCUCACUACAGAAAAACCUAAACCACAAGAAGAUUGUAAUUCAAGACAGGAAUCAUCUUUGUCCUCAAAGAGACGGCCAUUGGUCAUAUCAUCUGCACUUGGAGGCCAGUCAAAAAUGACUUCUUACUUCCAAGAGCAUCCAUCUCCAUCAAGCAGCAGAGUUAACAACUUCCCAAAGAAGUCACCUAUGGCUCCAAUCACGUCAGAAGAAAACCAAUUGGAUUCAGAUAGUGUUUUGAAAACUCCAAUUAUAUUGCCUUUGAAACGUAAAUUAACAGAGUUAAGAGAUGUGGGGCCAUCCCAAUCAAGCAAACGACUCAACUCCAGCGACCAAGGAUUCCGUUCUCCUGGGUGUCCAACACCAAACACCGGACGUAAAAGCAGUUUAUUAGGAGAUACUUCUAUGCUCUCAGCAUCAAGUUCUUUCAAGGAUCAACAUUAUAGAACACCAGCAAGUGUAGGUAUUUCUGAUAAUCCUGAUGACAAUCCGAACACACAGAACCUCGGCGUUCCACUCGACCCGCAAUCUUCUACUUCUGAGCGGUUAACUUUGGAUUCUAUUGUAGUUCAGUAUCUUAAACACCAACACCGUCAAUGCCCUGCUCCCAUAACCACAUUACCACCUCUUUCGCUUUUGCAUCCACAUGUUUGUCCAGAAUCAAAACGUGCCCUUGAUGCACCAUCAAACAUCACUGGCCGAGUUAAUACACGUGAAUAUAGACAUGUGUAUGGCGGUAUCCAUGGCAGUCGCAGGGAUCGCCAGUUUGUUUAUAGUAGAUUUAGACCAUGGCGAACGUGUAGAGAUGACACUGGCGUUCUAUUCACGUGUCUUACCUUUCUUGGUGAUUCUUCCCAAAUUGCUACUGGUACCCACUCUGGGGAGCUAAAAGUUUUUGAUUCAAAUAGCAAUAAUAUGCUGGAGAGCAGCGCAGGGCAUCAGUUCCCUUUGACCAUGGUCAAAUCUUUCUUUUCUGGAGAUACUCAAUUACUUCUCUCUUCGAGCUCACAUGAUGUGCGAUUGUGGGAUGCACCUUCAGUGGCAGCUGGACCCAAAUAUUCAUUUGAUGGUAUCAAGGGUGCAACAUUCAGUCAUUGUGGUACCAUGUUUGCCGCAUUAUCUUCUGAAUUAUCAAGUCGGGAGAUUUUAUUAUAUGAUGUCCAGACAUGUAAAUCUGAUUUGAAACUCACAGACCAAUCUUUUAAUGCCUCCAGCAAAGGACAUGCUUAUUCUCAGGUUCACUUUAGCCCUUCAGAUAUUAUGCUUUUAUGGAAUGGUGUACUUUGGGAUCGUAGAGUUCCUGGUCCUCUUCAUCGUUUUGAUCAGCUAAGUGAUUAUGGUGGCGGUGGUUUUCAUCCUGCUGGUAAUGAGGUCAUUAUAAAUACAGAAGUGUGGGAUCUCCGGAACUUUAGGCUUCUUCGUAGUGUGGGGUCGUUGGAUCAGACAGUGAUAAAUUUUAAUGCUAGUGGCGAUGUAAUUUAUGCAAUCCUUAGAAGAAAUUUAGAAGAAGUUACUUCGGCAUUCCAGACUCGACGUGUUAAGCAUCCUUUAUUCUCUGCAUUCCGGACAUUAGAUGCAGUCAACUACUCGGACAUAGCCACCAUUCCCGUGGAUCGAUGCGUAUUGGAUUUUGCCUCUGAGCCCACCAACUCUUUUGUUGGGCUGGUGACAAUGGAUGAUCAAGAUGAAAUGUAUUCCUCAGCCCGAGUCUAUGAAAUUGGCAGGCGAAGACCCACAGAUGAUGAUUCUGAUCCUGAUGAUGCUGAAAGUGAAGAAGACGACGAUGAAGAUGAUGAGGACAUAGACGAAGACGUCUUGUUGGGAAAUGAUGAGGAUGGUGAUGAUAUGAGUAAUGAUGAUGAUAGUUUGAGUGAUCUUGAAGAUGACGACGAAGGGGAUGAGGACGGUGACUUUGUGAUGGAUGGUGUAGACUUUGGUGGAGGUGGGAUAUUUGAGAUAGUGAGUGAAGCAGAAGAUGGAGACGAGGAUGAUGGCGAUGACGAUGAUGAACUGAUUGAGUCUUUGAGUAGUGGUGACGAUGAAGAUUUCUUUGGAGGAUUCUAAAUUAUAUCUUCUGAAAUGAGUGUACCAUAGUUACAGUUAUUUUUGUAUUAGGUUUUAGGACAGAACGAAAUGAAACACCUUUCCUAUCUCCCAUUUUUGACAGAUGGUUUCAAUAGAAUGCAGAUCUUAGUGCC